AUGAAGGGCUGCGAUUCGUCCGGGCAAACCGGACCCAUUCAGCUGGAUCCGUUUGCGCUUAAUGGGGCCCCGGUUUGGUCGGCCCGCGAUAAAUUCAGAGACAUGAUGAUGUUGCGACAGUGCACAAACCGCAUCUUUCUAGGUGGAGGUUCCAGCUUCCUCCAUGGCCUCAAAUCUAGAGUUUCAUCCAGUAGGAGUCGCGGCACCAUCAGACUCAACUGGUGCUGCGUGAGAGCUAAUCUCUGGAGGACCGAGCGCCUUGGUGUCAAGGGGGCUACUCCGUCUGAGAUGAUUGCUGUACUGCAAGCGUCAGAUAUUUUCAGUAGCAUCAGGAACUGGAGCAAGUUGCAAUUGGUCGCCAUGACAGGGGUGAUGGCAUGUGUAGUUCUGGUAGUCCCUUCUGCUGAUGCAAUCGAUGCUCUCAAGACAUGCACUUGCCUGCUAAAGGAAUGCAGAAUAGAACUGGCCAAAUGCAUAGCGAACCCGUCCUGUGCAGCAAACGUAGCAUGCUUGAACACAUGCAAUAAUCGACCUGAUGAAACUGAAUGCCAGAUCAAAUGUGGAGACCUGUUUGAGAACAGUGUAGUCGAUGAAUUCAAUGAUUGUGCUGUUUCACGCAAGAAAUGUGUUCCAAGAAAAUCCGAUGUCGGCGAGUUCCCAGUCCCUGAUCCAUCUGCCCUGGUUAAGAACUUCAAUAUGGCAGAUUUUAAUGGCAAAUGGUACAUUUCAAGUGGCUUAAACCCAACAUUUGACACAUUUGAUUGCCAGCUUCACGAGUUUCAUGUCGAGGGAGACAAAUUAAUUGCAAACAUAACAUGGAGAAUCCGCACCCCAGACUCUGGUUUCUUUACCAGGUCAACCGUGCAGCGUUUUGUGCAGUACCCCUCACAGCCUGGCAUACUCUACAACCAUGACAAUGAGUUCCUGCACUACCAAGAUGACUGGUACAUUAUCUCAUCAAAGGUUGAGAACAAGGAUGAUGACUACAUAUUGGUAUACUACCGUGGCCGAAAUGACGCAUGGGAUGGUUAUGGUGGUUCUGUUUUAUACACAAGAAAUAAAACUGUACCUGAAACAAUAAUACCUGAGCUAGAAAGAGCUGCAAAAAGCAUAGGUCGGGACUUCUCGACGUUCAUCAGGACUGAUAACACCUGUGGUCCUGAGCCGCCUCUUGUGGAGAGAAUAGAGAAGACUGUGGAGGAAGGAGAGAAGACCAUCGUCAGGGAGGUGAAGGAGAUUGAGGGAGAGGUUGAGGAGCUGGAGAAGGAGGAGGCAUCAUUGUUUCAGAAGCUGGCAGAAGGUCUCAUGGAGGUGAAACAGGAUUUGAUGAACUUCUUGCAGGGGCUGAGCAAGGAGGAGAUGGAGCUGUUGGAUCAGCUGAACAUGGAAGCGACUGAAGUUGAGCAAGUCUUCAGCCGUGCUCUGCCAUUGAGGAAGCUAAGGUAG